CAUUGAACCAGUGUGUGACGAGCAGCGAGCAGUGAGCAGCGAGCGACUUUGACGCGUUUUACGUGCGAUUUAAAUCGCCGAAGUGACGUAAACCAUAUUUUGUGUGUAAUAUUUUUAAUAAAAUAUUCAUAAAAUAUAUAUAUAUUUAAAUAAAUUCGAGUGCACCAUGCGUUGCUAUAUAACGCGACAGCCGCCUCCGUCCCCCAGCGCCGGCUGCCUCCUGCUGCUCACAACGGCUCUGCUUGCGGUCAGCCUCUGGACACGCCCAGUGGAAUGCAAACGUAUCACAGCCGCACCUGUCGUCGUUGCGGAUGAUGACGAAAUGAUCGAAUAUGCUCCACAAUUUGAACAUCCGGAAUACGCGUUUAGCUAUGGAGUCAAGGAUCUGCACACGGGGGACGUUAAAUCGCAAUGGGAGUCCAGGGAUGGUGAUGGGGUCAAGGGACAUUAUAGCAUAUUGGAACCAGAUGGCUCCAUACGCACAGUGCACUACACAGCAGAUGCCAAAAAGGGUUUCAAUGCCAUCGUGAAGACUGUGGGCGCCAAUUCGCAUCCGAUUACGGAGACGCCCGAAGGCGAAAGCAGCCCCAACGAUGACACAUCACAGUCGAAAAUCAAUCAUUAUAGCAAGGAUCAGGAACACAUUGUGCUGAGCUCUGACAUAAAGCCACUGAAGAAGCCCAUUGAGGAUUUGACCCACUCGCAUCCCAAGAUACCCAGCCUGAUAGAGUUCAAGCCGCAUGCACGCAUCAAGCAGGUGCCCAUGGAAUUGGAGCCAGACAUCAGGAAUCGACUGCAGCAGGCGAGGGAUAACUAUUACAAGGAGAUAGCAGCGGCACACAAGCUGGAGGAGUUCUCGCAGAAGCUGCAGCCCAACUAUGCAGUGCAGGAGAGCGACUGGAAAGCGGUGAUUGUCAACGAGCCCCAGGAGUAUCGCCCACACUAUAGCACAAGUCAGCCGCAUCAGCAUCCCUACUACGAGCACUAUCAGCCCAAGGAGCUGCCACAGAACUAUCUACAUAAGCCAACAGCGGCUCUGCAGUCCCUACACACAAGCUACUCGCAAUCCAAGCCGCGACCCAUCAAGAACUCCGAGCCCAUCUCCAAUCACAUACACCAGAAGAAGAUUGUGCACACUACGCCCGGCCUGAAGCACUACAAGUACAAGGCCGUGACGAAAAGCUUUGCCCGUCCCGAGUACUCCAGCUACUUCCAGCGGAAGCCCAAGAAGCUGCACGGCAAGUCUCUGGCGCACACUCAUCGAGCUCCACGUCCGGAGGGCUCGGGUCCUGUGCUCUUUCCCCAACACGUGGACGAAGACGACUUCGAGGAGAUCUCAGACUCAGACGAGCAGGGCACCGCCUCCGCCAGCCUAGUGCAGUCGAUGGUGCGCCGCGACAAACAGCACAUGGUGCCCAUGUAUGCCCGAGGUCAUCAGUUCUCAGCGGCCAGCUAUAGAAAUCUGCAAGGCGUGUGAGGAAUGCUGUCAAUGUAAUA